GCUCCUGAAGGUGACAAGUACAAGGUUGCACGAACGUGGGGCCGUAUCAAUAUUGUUACUCGGAAAUGGUUUGAUCAGUCCAUGGCCAGAAAAGGAUGUUUUAAUGAGGAGCUGUACCCUGUUGGUAGCGUUUCUGGAACUUCAAAUAAAUUGACAAGGGGUUGCUUGACUGCUCACAAUAGCCAAGAAAAGGAUAUUGGGAACUUGGAAGCUGUACCGUCCUCAUUUCUUACCGAUUCAAAAUUCACAGCAGUUGCUGGUUCUGGGUUUUCAGACAUGGAUGUUGAAGUUACUCUUUCACAGAGCACGUCUAUGUUUUUAGAUGCUUCUAAUUUUAUAAAUGAGGUUGAUGUUGAAGUGCCAGUCACGAUGGGAAGGAAUGAAGAAACACUUAAUUGUCUUGCAAAUGACUUUUAGUCUGAAGAAAACGACCUAUAUUUGUCAGCAUGUAGAAUAAAAGUUGUUGGGUUUGAAGCUUCUGAGAUGCGGAAGAUUGUAAAUAUGAUUCUCAGAGGUGGAGGCUCCCGAUACAUGGUUUUCAAUGACAAAUUAACACACAUAAUAGUUGGAGAUUCGUCAGAAAUGGAGAAAAAGGAGGUUAGAGAUAUUGCUACUUCAGGAGUUGUUCAUGUGGUUAGAUCCAACUGGCUUGAAGAGUGUGACCGUCAGAAGAAGGAGAUCCCUAUUCUUGGUAGACACAUGGCAUAUGAUGAACUUAUUCCUAAAGCAUCUAGUAAAAUGAGCACCAUUGUUAUGGAUCAAAAUAAAGUUCCAAAUGUUCAUCCAAUCGUGCCAUCAAAUGUGUCAGAAGGAAAUAUUCAUGUUAGCAUUGGAAAGACGUCAAUAGCAGUGGAAAGAAUUGAAGAAAAAAGUGAAACAAAAGUGAAUGGAGACAGGAAAAUGAAAUUAUCCAGAAAAGCCAACAAUUCAUCGGUUCGAUCAUGUUUAGAGGAUGGAUGUUUGUGGGAUACCAAUGGGCACAUUUUCUAUUCUCCUCUUCCUUGCUGUGUCCCUUUGCCUGGAUUUGAAAACAUACGGUUUUGUGUUUCACAAUAUGAUGACAAAGACAGAGUAUUGUUAAGAAAUCUGUGUUUUGUACUUGGGGCCAAGUUUGUGGAGAAGCUGACAAAGAAGGUAACCCAUCUAAUAUGCAAGUUCACCGAUGGGACAAAGUAUGAGGCUGCUUGUAAAUGGGGGAAACAAUGCAUUACAGCUGAAUGGAUAUAUGAGUGUGUCAGCCAGAGAAAGAUUGUCUCUCUUGAUUUGUAUCGCCCAAAAGAAGUUAAAGCUCAAGACAGAGCGACAGGCUUAUGCACUGUCAGCCAAUUUCCUACUCAAGCUGCCCCAAUGAUAGCCAAUGAAAGCAUAUCCCAGUUUCCUAUCCAUUCUGCCAUUCCGAGAGACCAAUCAGCUGGAACUAACAGUAGCUUUAUAGGAGCAGCUGAACGAAUAAGUUCUACGAAGAAAAGCGCAAGUUCUUUGACGAAGCCAUAGAAAAGCAUUCACUUUUGUUGGAAACAGAUCCACUCAAUCUGACUGCAUUUUGAAUUCCACAAAACAAACUACAUCAAAUUCUUCUGUAGUAACUUCACACGUUCCUGAUGUCGCUUCCGCAAUUGAGGACUUGUUGGAGCAGACAACUAAG